AUGAAAUACGUUCAACUGGGAAGCAGCGGUCUUCGUAUCGCCCCAAUUGGAGUAGGAUGCAUGAGCUUUGGAAAUCCCGAGGGUCGAUUCAAGUGGUCGAUCGCGGAAGAAGAAGCACUACCGGUGCUGAACCAUUGCUACGAGUCAGGACUCAACUUCUUCGACACGGCAAAUGCCUACUCAAAUGGCCUGUCUGAAGAGAUUCUCGGCAAAGCGAUCAAGAAAUAUGGAUGGCGCCGGGAAAACCUCGUCAUCGCAACCAAAUUGUGGGCACCAGUUGGUCACGGGUUGGAGCAGCCACUGGCUAUGACGGACGAUGAAAAGGACGACGCCGGUUACGUGAACCAAUACGGACUGAGCCGGAAGCAUAUUUUUGAGAGCAUCGAUGCUAGCCUGAAGAGACUCGACCUGCCCUACGUUGAUUUGUUGCAAAUUCACCGUUUCGACCCUAUAGCCCCACCGAAGGAGACAAUGGAAGCUCUUCAUGAUAUCGUCAAGUCCGGCAAAGUGCGGUACAUCGGUGCUUCAUCAAUGUGGGCUCACCAGCUCCUUGAAUACCAGUAUACCGCUCGCAUCCACGGCUGGACGGAGUUUAUCUCGAUGCAGAAUCUUCACAAUGCAAUUUACCGAGAAGAAGAGAGGGAAAUGUACCCUGCAUGUGCCAAACUUGGAAUGGGCGGCAUUCCUUGGAGCCCUGUGGCAAUGGGAUUCUUGGCUCGACCCUGGCGUGACUUUUCGAAGACUACGCGUGGAGAGGGUCAGGGUCCGGGUUUCCUCGGUCAACCCGCGACAGAGGCAGACAAGAGGAUCAACGAGCAAGUUGAGAAAAUCGCGGAGCAGCAUGGUGUGUCAAUGGCGACCGUGGCGAUUGCUUGGUCUCUUUCGAAGCCAUUUAUCACGGCGCCAAUUUUGGGAAUGAGCAAGAAAGAGAGAGUCGAUGAAGCAGUUAAUGCUAUCUCUUUCGUGCUCAGCCCCGCUGAGUUGAAGAGUAUCGAUGGCCUGUAUGAGCCCAAGAAGGUGCUUGGCCAUCAAUAA